GAAGAGGAGGCAGUGCGCUCGCGCAACACGCCAAUGUGACGUCUUCGACGAGUCAAUACAUGGACUCAGUCGAAACCUCCGUCGUCAGCUCCUAGCGACGCGAAUUCCCAUAAUUUUUUUUUCCGGAAAGAAAAGCAACCAAAUUAUUUCAAAGAAACCAUCAAUAAAGAAACAACAGCAACUGAAACACCAAAAGAAAUCGACUUUACUUAACGAAGACACCAAUUAGUAUCUACAGAGAAUCAUGUCCGCACCGGGAGCUGAGAACCUCGGCGCCCCGACGCCAGCCGCCGGUCCCGACGGUGAGGUGAUCGGCGGGCCGAGAACGCCCCAGCAGAUCGCCGCCCAGAAGAGGCUGCAGCAGACCCAGGCGCAGGUCGACGAGGUCGUCGACAUCAUGAAGACCAACGUCGAGAAGGUCCUCGAGCGAGAUCAGAAGCUCUCAGAGCUCGACGACAGAGCAGAUGCUCUGCAGCAGGGCGCUUCGCAGUUCGAGCAGCAGGCCGGGAAGUUGAAGCGGAAAUUCUGGCUUCAAAACCUAAAGAUGAUGAUAAUAAUGGGCGUCAUCGGCUUGGUGAUCCUGAUCAUAAUCGUCAUGAAAUUCAUGCCGGAUAACCAGCAGCAGCAGCCACCACCGUACGGCUACCCCCAGGGCGGAUACAUGCCGCCCCCGCAGCAGCAACCUUUGCCACCUCCGGCCGCGCCCCAAUCAACCGAGUCCAGCAGCGGCUAAGACCCGCCCUCCGGAACCUCCGCCAAUCGCCUGCACCCAACAACAAACAAACAAACAUAACACCAACAACAACAACAACACCGAGCAGAGCCGAUUGGUUAACGAAACUCAGCGAAGGCGGACGAACAACAACAACAAGAAAA